GCGACCCGGAAGUGGUUCUAAGGCAGGCGGGCGGGUUUGAGAGGGUGGAGUUUGCGACUUUCACGCCCCAGGCUCCGGCGCUCCUUUCCUAACUCCACUGGCUGCGGCAUCUGUGGGAAAAGUGUGGCUGGGUCUUCGAGGAGCCGCACCAAUGGCCUCCGUGCUGUCCUACGAAAGCCUGGUCCACGCCGUGGCCGGAGCCGUGGGAAGCGUGACAGCAAUGACAGUGUUUUUUCCCCUGGAUACAGCUAGACUUCGACUUCAGGUUGAUGAGAAAAGAAAAUCCAAAACUACACACAUGGUGCUCCUGGAGAUCAUUAAAGAAGAAGGACUCCUGGCACCAUAUCGAGGGUGGUUUCCAGUGAUUUCCAGUCUCUGCUGCUCCAAUUUUGUCUAUUUCUACACUUUUAAUAGCCUCAAAGCAGUCUGGGUCAAAGGUCAACGUUCUACCACUGGAAAAGAUCUGGUAGUUGGGUUUGUUGCAGGAGUAGUUAACGUGUUGCUAACAACUCCACUCUGGGUGGUAAACACCAGACUGAAGCUACAAGGGGCAAAAUUCAGGAAUGAAGACAUUGUACCAACGAACUACAAAGGUAUCAUUGAUGCUUUUCAUCAGAUCAUUCGAGAUGAAGGAAUCUCGGCUUUAUGGAAUGGCACAUUUCCCUCAUUGCUGUUGGUCUUCAAUCCUGCCAUCCAGUUCAUGUUCUAUGAAGGUUUAAAACGGCAGCUUUUAAAGAAACAGAUGAAGCUUUCUUCCUUGGAUGUGUUCAUCAUUGGUGCAGUAGCCAAAGCGAUUGCCACCACGCUUACCUAUCCAAUGCAGACGGUACAGUCAAUUCUGAGGUUUGGGCGUCAUAGACUAAACCCAGAAAACAGAACAUUGGGAAGUCUUCGGAAUAUUCUCUAUCUUCUUCACCAACGAGUAAGGCGUUUUGGAAUACUGGGACUCUACAAAGGCCUGGAGGCCAAACUGCUGCAGACAGUCCUCACUGCUGCUCUCAUGUUCCUUGUUUAUGAGAAACUGACAGCUGCCACCUUCACAGUUAUGGGGCUGAAGCGUGCACACACACACUGAGACGCCUUCCCAUGAAAAAUUCCGAAGAUGCUCAAGAGGGAGGUUUCCUCGUGAGUGAAGAGAAAUGAUUCUCCUUUGACUCUGGCUCCUCCCACCACAAAUGUUACCCUCUUUGGCUUGAAAAGCAUCCAAGGGUGUACAGGGAGUAUGGCAAACUGGACCUGUUGUCACCUUAAUUGUCAUGCUGACUGGUUGGAUUUUGGGGUGGCAGUUGGACUAAUAUGAAAAAAACAUUGUUGAAAACCUAAAAAUGAAAGUUUGUGAGUGUUUAUUGGUUUUCUUAAGAGAAAUGGACUAUUUUGCUCUCAUGUGUAAUAUUUUCUAUUUAAAUUUUUCUUAAACAUACCAGCUGUUUGCUUUCCCUGAACUCCCCCAGGUUCUAGGACAAAUUUAAUAACGUGUAAUUCUCCUCAAA